UCAUCCCCUCUGCUCGCCCUCGCAGCCACCUCGCCAGACUCUCUCGCUCGUCCUCUACACGCAUUGCUCCUUCUCCUUCAGCGCAAACGCGUCUCCGCAUCGUCUGGCGCUCCCACUCCUCUCUGCGUACCACCCCACACCGGCCUGCGCGAGCAGACAGCGAGAGGCAGCCAUGGCCUCCUCCUCGUCAGCCACAGCUGGGCCCUCGACACCUCCCUCGCACACCGCGCACGCCGCGCCCUCCUACUACGCCGCGCCCGCCGCAGCAUUGCAGCGAGACGACGACGAGGGUCUGGCGUCCUCCUGCUCGUCCGCUCGCACGGGCGCACACAGCUCCGAGUCUUCUGCGCCGGCGCCGCAGCCGCAACUGGCCGCCGGGGCAGAGGGCCAGCAGCAGCUGCAGUCGCCAAGAUUGGGCGCUCGUGUCUCCCAUGCGCCCGGCGUCGGCGCUGGUGGUGAAGGCGGAGGCGGCGGCGGUGGCGGCGGCACACUCGCGCUCGGCGCUGCUCUGACGCAGACGCGCUCGUCAGGCGGGCCAGAGUACAUCGAGUGGGCACCGGACGACAAGGCCAACCCUUUCAACUGGAGCAACGCCCGCCGCAUCUCCAUCGUCGUCUGCGCCAUGUCCUUCUCGUGCACGACCGCCAUGAACGCCACGGGCUACGGCAGCGUGCAGCGCGACGUGAUCCGGGAAACAGGGACCACUCUCGAAAUUUUCCUGCUCGGCAACACUACGUAUCUGACGAUUGGCGUGGCGUUUACGCCGUUGCUGCUGGCGCCGCUCAGCGAGAUCUACGGGCGAAGACCCAUCUACCUCGCCGCUGCCGCAGUGUUCGCAAUCAUGUUCGUGCCGCAGGCGACGGCGCAGAACAUCACGGCGAUUCUCGUGUCGCGAUUGAUCCAGGGCUGCGCUGCGAGUGUUGGCAACUCGAUGGUCGGAGGCUCCGUCUCCGACGUCUUCCUGCCAAACGAGCGCGGCAUGCCCAUGUCUCUCUUCUGCCUGCUCAUCUUCAUCGGACAAGCUCUCGGUCCCUUUACCGCCUCCUACACCGUCGCCGGUCCCGCCGGCUGGCGCUGGGUCUUCUGGUGGCAGGCCAUCAUCGCCCUUGCCUCGUUCGUCUGGAUGUUCUUCGCGCUGGAGGAGACGCGCGGUCCCGUGCUGCUCUCUCGCCGCGCCGCUCGCCUCUCGAAGGAGACGGGCAAGGCUCUGCGGACAAGAGCGGACGAUGAGAGGAGCAGCUUUGCGCAUGCCGUCAAGAUCAGCCUCUCGAGACCCGCGGUCUGGCUCGUGACGGAGCCGAUUGUGCUGUCGUUCAGCCUGUGGAUCGGCUUCCUCUGGGGCGUCCUCUUCCUGCUGCUGCAAAGCGUGCCCAUCGUCUUCAGCGCGUACAACUGGACCGACCCACAGAAAUCUCUCGUGCUCCUCUGCUUCGCCGUCGGCGGCGUCCUCGGCUUCGUGUGCCACCUGCAUCAAGAGCGUCUCUACAACCGCGCCGUCGCGCGUGCGGCGCCGGCAAAGGUGGCUCCCGAGGCUCGUCUUUACUGGUCUUGCAUUGGAGCCAUCAUGGCGCCGGCAUCGAUGUUCUGGUUCGCCUGGAGCGGACAAGCCUCGGUGCACCCUGCUGUGCCCAUUAUCGCACUCAUCGUCUUCAUCGCCGCCAUCUUCCCCAUCUACCUCGCCGUCUUCCUCUACAUUGCCGAGGUGUACGAACGCUACGCUAGCUCCGGCCUUGCAGCGCAGUCCUGGCUGCGCAACGUCUUUGCCGGCACGCUCAUCCUAGCUGCGCCCAGCAUGUACGGCAAACUCGGCCCGCCCGUCGCCUCCUCGAUUCUCGGCGGCAUCGCCGCCAUCCUCGGCAUCUGCCCCUUCGUGCUCUUCCGCUUCGGCGCACACAUCCGCAAGCACUCGCGCGUGGCGCAGGGGCUUGCGCGCGAGGACGAAGAGGAGAGAGAGAUGCAGAUGCUCGACAAGGAGCGGCGGGAGCGCCAUUCGAGGAGGAAAGAGGAGAAGAAGAAGAGGGAGGAGCAGAGGGAGGAGCAGAUGAAAGAGGAGGAGAAGAAUGUGGAAAUCGCUUGAGUGGCGAGACGGCGCCGACGCGCACGCACUCGCAGGGGUCCCUCGCAUGGCACCUGCGCCUGGCUUGUCUUUGAAGGACUCGCCCGCUUCAUCUGUAUGAACAUCCCAAUGCAUCUGCUGUUCUCUGCCUGCGCG